CUCUCUGUGUUCUCUCUCUCAAUCGGCUUGCAACUGCUCAAGAAUUGCAGCCAAUUCCAGUCCAGAAUCCAACAUUUCUUCCUUAAUCUUCUCUCUCGUCUCCUGAUCCUCGGCCCUGGCUAGACGAGUACACCACACAAUCUUCAAUCGGUUCUGCAACAAACACUUAACAAGGCUGAAAUUAUCGAAUUGGAGAUGACCCAAAAGCUUAGUCUCAACUUUAAGAUCAUCAUCAUCAAAACCAUUCUGUUCUUCUUCCUAGUCAAACACAACAGUAAAACCCAUUCUCUUCCUCCUGUUCUUCUUCCUCGUCAAACACAACAGUAAAACCCACAUUAUCAUCAAUCAUAACAUUGUCUUAUUCUUCUUGGAAAUCAGUGAUUAGGUUCCCAAAGGAAACCAUCUGAUCGAAAACAUGAUUCGACAUAGGGUUCAACAAUUUCUCAAUCUCCCCCCUCUUGUUGGGGUUAUUGUUCUUCAAAACAACCAAAACCUCAUCAGCGGCGGCGGCGACUGUUCCGGGAGGCUGACCACCGCCCAAUUGCUGCUGUACGAGGCUAAGCAUGGCCUUAUAGGGAACCCUAGUUUUCUUCAUCUUGGGCUCGUAAAAAAAGGCCCAAAUUUGAUUCUACUGAUUAUGGCUCUGCAAUAAUACCAUGGGUUUAGCUGAGUUGAAUGUGGUUUUAGCUGUAGACAAUGCGGCUCCUGAUAAGUCAUGGGCUUCAGUGGUGGCAUCGAAUCAGAGGUCAUCUGUCAAACUUCGCGUUGGUUCUUGUACCAACGCAUGAGUUAUGCAUGCAGGUAUAUGAAAUCUUGCAAAAGUUAUUGCACCGUUUUCAUUGGAUUGUCCCAGGCUAUAUAAUGGGUGGUGAAAACAGGUCAAAAGAAAAAGCCAGGUUGCACAAAGGCAUAUCUAUUCUUGUUGCAACUCCUGGACGCCUUUUGGAUCAUCUAAAAAAAACAUCGUCCUUCGUGUACACAAAUUUGCGAUGGAUAAUCUUUGAUGAAGCAGAUAGGAUUCUUGAAUUAGGAUUUGGUAAAGACAUAGAGGAGAUACUUGAUCUCUUGGGUUCCCAGAAACAGAAGUCUCUUAGCGAGGGGAAUGCCAUUUCAAGGAUUUCUGAAUUUCAGAGACAGAAUUUGCUUUUGUCAGCUACCUUAAAUGAAAAAUACUCAGGAAAGCUAAUAAGUUCUUCCAAUGAAGAAUAUAAGCUUCCAGCUCAAUUAGUUCAGAGAUACGUUAAAGUGCCCUGUGGUUCAUGGCUUGUGGUCCUCCUAUCCAUUCUGAAGACUCUUUUUGACUCAGAAAUUUCCUAUAAGGUACCCAGUAUUUACAGCAAUCUUAUAAAGUGAGCGAGUCAUUUCCAUUCAAGUGGAUAAAUAAAAAAUGGAGGGAAGGAUUCUAUGUAACUGCCGUGGCUACUGCAGGAAGUAGAUGGGCAAUUGUCAUGUCUCGUGGGGCAGGAUUUUCUAAUCAGGUUCAGUUAUAAUUUUUGGAGCUUUGCUCAGUUAGAAAGCCAAUUUUCUGGUGAAGAAAACUCAUGGUAAAUUGUACAAGACUACUUGGCAGUAUAAGCAUUUUUGGGAGGAUUAAAUAUUUUUGGAUGGAUGUGUAUGGAUAACAAAUAUUCGUAGUUUUAUUUGUUGAUAGCUGCGCAUGGAAAACAAAUAGUUAUGUUUCAAAUUGUUAUGCUAGAUGGAUGUGACUUG